AAAAGGGGGGCUUAUUUCUGUGUUGCACUCUGGUGCAACAGGAAAAUGUGGACUGAAAACAGAGGCUAGUUGGCAGAGACAGUACUACUCAGGGCUCACGGAUUAUCGCAGGCGUUGUUCAAUUUAGUGAUGGAUAAUGAAGCGGAUGUUUUUUAUCGGGAGCUGCCAAAAGUGGAGCUUCACGCUCACCUCAACGGCUCCGUCAGCUGCCACACCAUCGAGAAGCUCAUCAGCCGAAAACCGCAUCUCAACAUCGAGCACGGCAUGACUGCUAUCGGUAAAGGCCAGCGGAGGACCCUGGAGGAGUGCUUUCAGGUCUUCAAAGUCAUUCAUCAGCUGGUGGACUCGGAGGAGGACAUCCUGAUGGUGGCUACAGAUGUUAUCAGGGAGUUUGCGGCUGAUGGCGUCAAAUAUUUAGAGCUGAGGAGUACACCAAGGGAGGAGAAAAACACAGGAUUGACAAAAAACAGAUAUGUUGAAACUGUCAUCAAGGCCAUCAAACAGUGUAAAAGUGAGGGAGUGGACAUUGAUGUCAGGUUUUUGCUGGCAAUUGACCGCAGGAAUGGGACUGAAGUUGCAAUGGAGACCGUGAAGCUUGCUGAGGAGUUCAUGCUGUCUACUGACGGUUUGGUGGUGGGACUUGACCUCAGUGGAGAUCCAACGGUUGGCCAUGGCAAAGAUCUACUUCCAGCUCUGCAGAGGGCCAAGAACUGUGGACUGAAGUUGUCACUGCACCUCUCAGAAGUACCAUCACAGCUGGAGGAGUCAGAUUUGCUGUUGAAUCUUCCUCCAGACAGGAUCGGUCACGGCACCUUCUUGCAUCCUGAAGUGGGUGGAUCUCAAAGUCUUGUUGACAAAGUGGUGACGAACAACAUACCGCUGGAGCUUUGCCUGACAUCAAACGUCAAAGGACAAACUGUACCGUGUUACUCCAAACAUCAUUUCAAGUACUGGUACCAGAUGGGACAUCCAAGUAUCAUUUGUACUGAUGAUAAGGGAGUCUUCAGUACAGACUUGUCUCAAGAAUAUCAGCUGGCAGCUUCCACAUUUGGGCUCAGUCGUGAAGACGUAUGGAAACUCUCCCAGCAGGCGAUAGACUGUAUCUUUGCACCCGACACCGUGAAACAGCAGCUCAAACUGAAGUGGGCUGCUAUAAAGCCUCAGGUGUUCAAGUGACCCUUUCAGUGGAACCUACAGCCAAUCAUAUACCUCACAUUUCAGCUUGAAGAACUUUUCUAAAACGUUUUUACAAGAACCUUUAACAUACUGGAGAAAAUGUUUGUAAUAACUGAAAGUAAAUGAUAUUUAUUUAGUAGAACAAGUGGAAGUGUGUUAUUUUCUGCUAAUAUACAGAGUCUGUGCAAUGUUGCACACAUCAUAAAUCAAAGCAACAAACUUGUCAUGACAUACUGUAGAAAUACAGAUGAACCCGGUGAGAAUGUAAAAAAAUGUCUAAGAAUAAAAACACAAUAUCAACAGAUAUCCAGGCUUUGGGGUGCUCUCCAAACUACAGAUCAUGUUGAUUCUGCUUUGAACCCCCACACGGUGCCAUCAGCGCAGCUGUAUUUACACUCACGCCAUCUUUCCAAAUUUGCCACGCUUGUCUUUGCUCUUCUUGAAUUUGCCGUGUUGCAUUUCCUUCUUUUUACCUUUCCCGUGCUCGGGAGCCCCUUUGGUGUUUCCUUCAUCGUACUUCCUCUUCUUGUCACUGUUGGGAGUAGUAUAUCAUUACAAACAUGUUUUUUACAACAAACACACUUUUGCCAAAGAUCCAAAAUAACACGAUACCUCUUGAUGCUAACAAUAGCUGUGUUUCCUGCUUUCUUCAACACCUGGUCCCAUUCCUCAUCAUCUCCACGGAUCUUGUACCUGUAAAUACAAAAAGAAAUCAUUACAGCUGCAGUAAAUAUUGCCAAUUCAUAAUGCUUCAAACAAAUAACCUCAUACUCACUCUUCCAUGUCCAUGUCCUUCACUUUCUCUACAUCCUGCUUGUGUUUCUCAUCAAACUCCUGAGCUGCUUCUUUCUGUUGGUCACAGAUUCACUCUCACAUGAGAAGUUGAAAACAGCAAAUGUUUUGCAUUUUUGUUUGAUAAACGACAGUUUUGAUUAAGUCAUUGUUCAGCACGUACCAGAUCAUCAGUAAGGCUUCUGACAGUCGGCUCCAUGGAAACAUCUUUUGAGGUCGCCAUCUCUGCCUCAAUGGCUUUUUCUUGGACACUGGUGAAGACCUAGGAUAGUAAACACAUUCAAAGUAUUAAUGUAGUUCCAAUAGUUUUAAAGGCAGCUUUUAAUGUCAUGUAUCAUGUUCUUACUUGUACACAUUUCCGGAUCAAGCGGUUGAAGAGUCCCAUGAGCUGCGAGCUUGGGAGUCCAAUUUCCUUUUCGAGCUGAUCUACCGAUUUGUGCUGUAACCCUAUACCCAGCAGUAACGCCUAGAAGAAACAAAACAGGGACAAUCAACACCCAUCGCAAGGAAACUAUU